CAAGCCCCGGUUCUGCCCCGGGGCUGCAGGAGUGAGACUUCUCAAAGGUCAAGUGUCUUUUGUUUCCACUGUCAACUGCGUGACGUUUGUGCUAAAGUGGAUCAUCAUGACGGAGGAUAAUAGCGCUGAUAACUUCAUCAAGGAGACAUCCAUUCUAGAUGAAUACAGCAUAAAUUGGACACAAAAACUGGGAGCUGGCAUCAGUGGCCCUGUGAGGGUUUGUGUGAAGAAAUCAUCUCAGGAACGCUUAGCCCUGAAGAUCCUCAUUGAUCGUCCAAAAGCCAGGAAUGAGGUGCGCCUCCAUAUGAUGUGUGCCAACCACCCAAAUAUAGUGCGAAUCUUGGACGUGUAUGCCAACAGUGUUCAGUUCCCACAUGAGUCCAGUCCCAGAGCCAGGCUUUUGAUUGUCAUGGAGAUGAUGGAGGGCGGUGAACUCUUCCAUAGAAUCAGUCAGCACAGGCACUUCACUGAAAAGAUGGCGAGCCAGGUCACAAAGCAGAUCAGUCAAGCCUUGGAACACUGUCACUCCCUAAAUAUUGCACAUCGGGACUUGAAGCCAGAGAACCUUCUCUUCAAGGAUAACUCUCUGGAUGCUCCCGUGAAGUUGUGUGACUUUGGCUUUGCCAAAAUUGAUCAAGGGGACCUAAUGACCCCGCAGUUCACUCCUUACUACGUAGCACCUCAGGUACUUGAGGCUCAAAGAAGACACCAGAAAGAAAAGUCUGGAAUCAUACCUACCUCACCCACUCCUUAUACCUACAACAAGAGCUGUGACUUGUGGUCGCUAGGCGUCAUCAUCUAUGUGAUGCUAUGCGGCUAUCCUCCGUUCUACUCCAAGCAUCACAGUCGCACCAUUCCUAAGGACAUGAGGAAGAAGAUCAUGAUGGGCAGCUUUGACUUCCCUGAAGACGAGUGGAGUCAGAUCUCAGAGAUGGCAAAGGACAUUGUGCGCAAGCUGCUAAAGGUGAAGCCAGAGGAGAGGCUGACCAUUGAGGGAGUCUUGUCUCAUCCGUGGCUCAACUGCACUGAAGCCCUUGAUAACGUGCUGCCCUCCUCACAGAUGAUGAUGGACAAGGCAGUGGUGGCAGGCAUCCAGCAGGCCCAUGCUGAACAGCUGGCCAACAUGAGGAUUCAGGAUCUGAACGUCAGCCUGAAGCCGCUCAACUCUGUCAACAACCCAAUUCUCAGGAAGCGGAAACUGCUUGGCCCUAAGCCCAGUGACUGUUUCUCCAUUCACGACCCAGAGAACGGAGGCGACGACUCCAACGUAGCGCUGGAAAAACUACGAGACGUCAUUGCACAGUGCAUCCUUCCACAGGCCGGCGAAAACGAGGACGAGAAAUUGAAUGUGGUGAUGUUUGAAGCCUGGAGGUUCAACAGGGACUGUAAAAUGCUGCGAGACGGCCUGCAUGGUCUAAGCUGGGAUGGUUCAAUCCCGACACAUAUUCGUCAUCUUUUUCUGUCACAGACCGCUUCCUCAUUCUCCGUCAAUCACCUUUCAGGCACGGUCGAGCCUUUUCCGACAAAGUGGACCGUUUGAAGUUGGCCGAAAUUGUGAAACAGGCCAUUGAAGAGAGGACAAACCUGGAAGAGUCUCACUAGCAAACGUCUUUUCUAUCGUUUUAUAUCAACUUUUUAUCACCAGGCUUUUUUUUUGUUUUUUUUUUUAAGUCAAAUCAUUUUAAUUUUUUUCCCAUUACGCUCCUUCCAUGGAUUGACUUGCAAGGCCAAUUGUCGUUGUACAGCUGUAGAUACACAUUUCAAAAAAAAAAAAAAAAGAUUAAUUGGUACUUGCAACAACAGAAACACUCAAGACUAUAUAUUAGUUUUUGCACACAAAAAAAGAUGACAAAAAAAAAAAUCAACAUACCAGUAAAUUAUUUUCUUAGAGGGAAUUUUUAUUCACAGCUUAUGUUUUAUUCAUCUGUCCCAAGAGUUUUAUUUAUUUUAAGCAAUUUAUUUGUAUUGUUUUAUUUGACUGGCUUCUACUGCUCUUUUUAUGUGGUGUUUGUCACAAUGCCCUUUCUUUCCUCAACACACUUGCUCUUCAAUGUUUUUAUGUCCGUGACACAAUCUCUGUCCUUACUUUUGUCUGCAGCCUUAAAAGGUGGAUUUGUUUUUACGACGCCUUUAAAAAGACACACGACUUCUUGUGUGACGAUUCGUUCUGUAUGUCCAUCUUGUCCAUGUAAACGUGCUCAUGUCAUUACAGCCACGUCUGUAUCAUCAUCUUCAGGUCUCUCGUGUCAUUUUCAAUAUUCGUCCAUAUCAGCGGGGACGUGUCGUUGUAGAAAUUUCAAUGAAAUCACGUCUGUGGGAGCCAUUUGUCAAUAUCAGUGGUGUCCAUUCUUUGCAGGUCAUGUCUUUGGGUUAUUUCCAUGUCUCUUCUCUAGGAACAUGUCUGUCACUGGUGUCAUUUCCGGGAUUUGGCCACAUCUUUGGGGACAUUUCCAUGGAAUCACAUCUGUGGGUCAUGUCUUAGUCUGUGAUAUCCAUUGAUUGGCAGGUGCAUACUGAUUGACAUGUCCCUAACGUCCUAUGUUCAUGUCACUGUUGUCAUUUUCGUGGGGUGUCCAGUCUUUGGGAAAUGUCUGUGAGGUCAUAUCCACGUAUGGGGGUCAUUUCUGGGAUUUGUGCGGCACAGUGGGGACACGUCUUGUGGAGACAUUGGCCACAUGGGGUCACGUCUGUGGGUGUCAUGUCCACGGCUGUGGAGAGGCUCAUAUCUGUGUCAUGUCAACAAAGAUCAUGGCGUCUGUUUGUGUUCCCAUGUCUGUAGAGUUGUGAUGCCUCAGCAGUUAGCCACCUGACUGCUCCUUGUCUUCACUUAUUCUUGACUAUUUUAUUAAACAUGCGCGAUUUGAUGAAGUCUUAGUGCUCUGAAGACAUUUACAUGUACUGUAGAUGUCUUUUUAAAGAUACAGUACAUGUUGAGAAUCAUGUGUCCUCACAUGAUUCUCUUAUUGGCUAGCUCACAUUUAAUUUCGGUAUUCCAAACAUCCUUUCUAAUCCAAAAUGAAGAGUUGACUGUUCCUGCUCUUAUGUUUACAUCACUGAGCCCGCCUUCCUUUUUUGUAAACUCUUACUUUAGUGGUCAAACAAAAGGCCGUCUGCACUUGGAUACCAUUUGGGGUGUUGUUGAUUUAUUGUGAGCCACUCGACGCCUCACAGCUACCCCUUUAAAUCUCCAUGACAACCAUAGCUGAUGUUUAAGAAGGCCUUAUUGCACACAUAAGUAAUGUGCCUUGGUGACUUGAGCUCUUGACUUGGGACUCAUUGUUUGAAAAACAAACAAAUCAUUCCAUUAUCGAGUCAUCCCCUCUCUAUAUCCCUUAACGCUCGUCUCUGUGCGACCUUUGAGGUCACUGAUAGAAACUUCCAAUCGUCUUUUAAAGAGAAGAAAAAGAUUGUAAACUAUAAAAGUAUCUUUGAGCUGAAGUUCACUGAUGACCGUCUGCUGUUUGUGCACUUUGAAGUACAAGGAGGUGAUGUUUAUUACAAGAAAAUGCUUCCUUCACCAAAAAGUGUUUUUUUCUUAGCUGAUGUAGCAUGAAACUCUAAUGGAAGUCUGCAAGUCUGUCUGACUUCUCUGGAAUGUCUUCAACAUGCUGACUUUGUAAUAAAAACACUUUUCAUGA